AUGGAGUUGAACCAGGUGGUCCGUCUCACUGGUCGGACGGGGCCGCUGGACGGGGCCUUGGCGCUCCUGGUGGCCCGCCGGGAGGGCGCCUGGGUCGUGCGGCCGAUGGGCUCGCGGAGCGUGGUGCCCGUGAAGAAGGAGCAGCUGCGGGUGGCGCGAAGCCUGUCGCAUGCAGCUCUUCUGGGACUUGUCCUGGCCACUGUGAUCUCGGUACUUCUGGUGGCUGUGGCCCUGCAAGCGGGGCCUAACUCCAAGUUGAGAGCAGCUGUACCAAUCGCGUCCUUAGCUUGGUAUUUAGCCACACUGAGUUCUUGCUAUUGGCUCCACGCACCACUUUUGGCUGAUGGUGUGCUGGUACCUGCCAUCUCUGAAAUGGGUAUUUCCGCUAGCGGACGCUUCAUGUACCAAGUUGGCUUUGGAUUCUGCGGCUUUCUACUUGCGAUCACAUUGCUGCAGGUUCACUUACUUUUCAACAAGUACCAUCCUGGACUGGGUUGUACUGGCCUUUACUCUGGACUUCUGGCUUCCGCAGGUAUCUCUUUGCAAGGCGUUUGCACCCUCCGACUCCAGUUCGGCUUGGAGACCUUAGCACACUUCUUGGGAGCUAUGAUAACAAUGGUCGGAGCCGUUUCUCAUGCUACAGCUUGUAAUGAGUGGUUCGAUGCUUUGCCAACGAACUCCCCUCUGUUGCGGACCGGCUGGCAUGGUCUUGGCCUUUGGAUACGUCGAAACCUUUUUCAACAGGCCAAUAGCCAUGGCAUGAUGAUGAUGUUUGGCGUCCCCCUGCUUCUGCAGAUCGGAAAGAUUCUUGGAUUCUUCGCAGAGUUGAAUGUGGUGGAGAAUUGCAUGGGGAUUUUGUCGCGGACUCAGUGCAGACUAGGCGAUUGGUUGGUGUUCUGUGUUCCCGGCAGGCAGUGGCUCUUGGUAGCGAGCAUUGCAAGCUUCUUCUGCAAAUUUGAAGCCGAAAGACUGCUCAUGGCGCGACAAAGCAUCGCAGAUCGUCUCAUGACCAAACUCGUGCUGGAGUUCGAGGUGAAUCGGCCCAUUGACAGCGGACAGCUCUGCAAUAUGCUCUCGUCGGAUUGUGCUCGUAUCAGCACAGCUUGCGGAUGCCUCAACAUGUUGUGGUCUGCUCCGCUUCAGUUGUCAAUAGCCUUGAUUAUGCUCUGGCGCCAGCUGGGCCUCUCGGUGCUCGCGGGGAUCUUCUGCAUGUUCACCAUGCUGGCCGCGCAAGUGACCAUCUCCAAGUGGGUGGCCCGGCAGCGCGCCCAAGUGGCCCGCUGUGCCGACCUGCGCCUCCGGCGGACGGCGGCGGCCGUGCAGGCCCGAGCUGCCUUAAAGCUGCAGCAGUGGGAGGGCUUCUGUUUCGAUGAGAUUGGCGUGUUUCGCCAGAAGGAGCUGAUGGCUCUCCGCUGGGAGGCCGUUUUGAAGGCGUCGUCCUCCACGUUGGCCACCAUCGCGCCCACCAUGGUGAGUCUGACGACCUUCACAGUCUUCGCUUUGUCUGGGGGCCUCCUUCGUGCCUCCAGCGUCUUCUCCGCCUUGGCCCUCUUCAACGCCAUGCGCGCGCCGCUGUCCGCCUUGCCAGAACUCUUCUCCUCCUUGGCACAUGCGCAGGUUGCGAUCACCCGCUUCGAGCAGAUCAUUAUGCCUGCGGACGAGUCCACCCCACGUGCACCGGUCGCAGGCGAAGCCACCUCCUCGCCGUGGACCGUUGGAGCGACCCUCCAGGCCGAUGCCCAAGCUGUCUCCAGCCUUAGCCAAGCCAAUGGAACCACUGCAUCUGCCUGUGGCCGAUCCCAAAGUGCGGAUGAAGAAGCUGCGUCGUCGCCGAACUGCUGGAGAAGUAGGAGACUUGCACAGCGAUGA